UAUACACCAAGCAUAAGUACAGUAGAAAUUAAGUUGUAUAUAAAUUUCCUGUUCUCACAAGUGUCCACCGUGAAGGUUGUGCUGGAACCCUCAUCUAUCCAUUUUAGAUUCAAACGGUUUUCGAUUCUUCACAAAAAAAAAAAAAAUCAGUUUACAAGAUGCACAACACGCGGCUUUAACACUUGUCUCUUCCUUCCUCCACGGAUUUGAAUUUUCGCAAUAUCCGAUUGGAUGAUAAUAAUACUACAUACUUAUUAGUAAUUUGAUUAUUAUUACUAUUAAUUAACACGGCUUAAUCUCGUGUUCCGAAUGUAUCAUUAUUAGGUAUUUAAAUUGAAUGGUAGAUGGUAUGCGGCAGGUGUGUGAGUUCUAUUUUUGUUCAAGCUCGAUUUUUCACAAAGAGAGUGCCGCAAUUCAACUACGUUGGGAACAACAAGGGUUUGCCACCAAAUCGUGUGUUUAAGAGGUACAUAGGGAUGAUGGUUGAUACAGGUUCUAUGUCAACAAGGGCAGGACCAAAUGUCGAUAUGGUUUCUCACAAAGAUGAUGAUGCUGGUGGUUCUGGUUCUGGUUCUGGUUCAGGUUCUGGUUCUGGUGCUAAUGGUGGCUUUGUCACUGGUGGAUGGAAAAGUCAAGAUGAAAGACUUAGCUGUGGGUAUUCAAGCUUUAGGGGGAAGAGGGUGACCAUGGAAGACUUCUAUGAUGUUAAGACAUCAACCAUUGAUGGUCGUUCUGUGUGCUUAUUUGGAAUAUUUGAUGGUCAUGGUGGUUCUCGUGCUGCUGAGUAUUUGAAGGAUCAUCUAUUUGAGAAUCUCAUGAAGCAUCCAAAGUUUUUGACGGAUACCAAAUUGGCUAUAAGUGAAACAUAUCAGAAGACCGAUGCUGAGUUUCUGGACUCUGAAAAAGAUACUUUCCGGGAUGACGGAUCUACUGCUUCAACCGCUGUUUUGGUUGAUAACCAUCUUUAUGUUGCUAAUGUUGGAGAUUCCAGAACUGUAAUAUCAAAAGCUGGAAAGGCAAUUGCUCUCUCUGAGGAUCAUAAACCUAAUAGAAGUGACGAGCGGAAGAGAAUUGAGAAUGCUGGGGGUGUUGUCAUGUGGGCAGGUACGUGGAGGGUUGGAGGGGUGCUAGCAAUGUCUCGUGCAUUUGGCAACCGUAUGUUGAAGCCAUUUGUUGUAGCGGAACCUGAAAUCCAGGACCAGAAAAUAGAUGCAGAAACUGAGGUGCUUGUUCUUGCGAGUGAUGGACUCUGGGAUGUAGUACAAAAUGAGGAUGCUGUUUCACUUGCACGCACAGAAGAGGCAGCCGAGGCAGCCGCUCGCAAGUUAACAGAGGCCGCCUUCAACCGCGGUAGUGCAGAUAACAUUACUUGCAUUGUGGUAAGAUUCCAUCAUGAAAAAGCACACCCAGCUAAUCCUGAUAAAGCUGGUCCAGCUAGCAGUCAGCAUGAGUAGACAAUGAAAAGCACACCAACAUGGGGGUUUGAUUUAUUGAGGGAAAUUCUGCACAUGCAUGAUGGCUGACUUGUGCAUGUCAAACAACUGAUGAUUUGUUUAUUCAUCCGUUUUGUAAUGUUAGUUACUCCUGUAUCGUGUGAUCGUUGAUGGAUUCAUGCGCUUUCUAAAACUGUUUCCGGUGUUUGCCAUAAAUAAGUUUACGGCUUGUAGAGGCUUCAGUUUGGUAUUUUUUGUUUUUGUCUAAUAAAUGCAACGUGCAUCUUUUUGCGUUA